UAUAUGAAUAUAAGUGUUUAUUGUCUAUGUUCAGAUUAAAGCUAAAGCAUGCGAAAUUCAACCUGGUUUGAUCAUUGAAACAUGCGGAUCAGAAAGCCAUUGAUGCAUUAAAAAAGAUGUACGAAACAGAUUACAACGUAUCAAGUAUGUUAAAGAAUACAAUUCUGUUGAAAAUUGGUUUGUCAGCUUUUUGUAUACCUUCACUAGGUAAACUUGUGCCAUGACUGAUAACAGAGAAUAGAGUUAACACUAACUAGAUCAAUUAACGGUCAAUUUAAUCAAUUAACGGUGAUAUUUGUUUUGUCAAUAUUUAUAGGAAAUUAUUGAAUUACCAAAUAUCGGACAAAGUUUGGCGGAAAAAAUAUGGGAAAUAAUCAAGACAGAUAGUUUAAUUAAAUUGGAAGCAUUUCAAUCUCGAGAUGAUGUAUCAACCUUGGCAUUAUUUUCGGGUGUUUGGGGUGCAGGAUCAGAAACGACGAAACAAUGGUUUGCACAAGGUUUUCGUACGUUGGAUGAUCUACGUACAAAAGCCAAAUUAACUCGUACGCAAGAAAUUGGUUUGAAAUAUUAUAAUGAAUUUAAUGAACGAAUACCGCGUGAAGAAGUAACACAAAUUGAAAAUAUUAUUAAAGCUAAAGCAUGCGAAAUUCAACCUGGUUUGAUCAGGUAGGAAUGGCAAGUUACUUUACAUAUUAAUAUAUACCUGUCGC